AUUGUAGUGGGUAGCACGUAGAGUAGUCGCAUCGAAUUCUCGAAGCCGAGGUGGAAAUCUCGUUAAUUCUCGGAAAAAUUCAAAACCGCCGUUGUUGAAUUACAAUCAAGAUUUGCCAUGUCAUUGAGGGAUAUGAUAUUUAGUCGUGUAAAACGUUUAAGACAAAAUGAAAAUAUGUUUAAUCAAAUAUCGAGUUAAUCUAGUGUCCUUAUUUUUCACUUGAACAAUAUUUAUUUCUGAGAGAAAGAGAGAGGGAGAACGUAUAUCGUAAUGCUUACGCAGACAGUUUUGUUUACAAUCAUCAGGGGUAUACUGGCUUAUCAAGAUAUGUCGUCAAGUGGACAGCAAAACGAUAUUAAAACCUUAUCUACAGCAUGUAACAAGUUUACGAUUCCGUUAUACAAGAGUGUAGCGAGCAACGUUGACAGCAACGUCAUAAUUUCUCCUUGGAGCUUGCACAUGAUAUUGUCUUUACUUUCUAAUGGUGCCGGAGGAUUUACGUUGACCCAACUAAAAUCUGCUCUUCACCAUGAUGACACAGCUUCUUUCGACGAUGAAUUUAAGGCUCUAAAUAUCUUGUUGAACAACAUUAAAAACACCGAAUUGCAUAUAGCGAAUAAAAUGUACGUCCAAGAUGGAUUUGACUUAAUGGCAGAAUUUUUAGGGAUAUGCACAAAUACUUUUCAAUCCUCAAUCUCGAGGUUAGACUUCACAGAUAAUGGGCAUGCUGUAAAAACUAUUAAUUCAUGGGUUGAAAAAGCAACAAAUAACAAGAUAUUCGACAUAAUUUCUUCUGACGAUAUCGACGAGGAUACAAGGAUCAUGUUAAUAAAUGCUAUUUACUUUAAGAGUAAAUGGUUACACAGAUUUGAUGAAUCUUAUACAGUAAAUCGGAAAUUUCAUGUUUCCAAAACAAAAACAAGCCUUGUUCCAACAAUGUUUAAAGAAUCAAAGUACGCUUAUGGUGAAAUACCGACUUGGCAUACGUCAUUUAUUGAAAUUCCGUAUUUGAAUCAAGACAUUGCAAUGAUAAUAUUAUUGCCAGAUAGAGAAACAGAAUUGCAGAUUUUAGAAAAUAAUUUCAACUGGGAAACGUUGGCAGAGGCACCUAGAUCUACCGACGAGGUUGCAUUGUAUCUGCCUAAAUUUAAGUUUGAAAUUACUAUAGAUUUGAAAGAUGUUUUACGUAAGAUCGGGUUAAAUACCAUGUUUCAAGAUGAUGCGGAUUUUACACGCCUCUCUAGCAUUCCUCUGAAAGUAAGCCAGGUAUUGCAAAAAAUUUUCAUAGAGAUUAACGAAGAAGGUUCGGAAGCUGCUGCCGCAACAGUUGCGGGAAUGAGAAUGAGAAGGAUGGCAGUUUUACCGAUGGAGUUCAUGGUGGAUCGUCCAUUUUUGUUCGUGAUUGAACAUAAACCAAGCAGGAUACCACUGUUUUUUGGAAGUGUAAGAAAAAUCGAUUUUCUUGAAGCAAAAGAUGAAUUAUAAAUUUACUUAAUUAUAUUAUGUGUAAAGUUCCGAGGAUAAGAAAUCAUUUUAAACUUUUAUUAA